CCAUCGUCCUGCUCUUGCCCACCCCCUAUCAAGCCUCAAAUCUCAAGAAUCUGAAUACCCCAACCACCGUUCCCGUUAUCAUCUCUGUCUGGAUCGUCCAAGAUGUACAUGGCCUACGGAUGGCCCCAGGUCAUCCCUCUGCAGCCGGGCGUCUGCCCUUCCCCCUCUCCCGACCGCAUCGUCUACCUCAAGGUCAUCGGUCGCCUCCUCCUCGCCGUUGCUCCCACCCGCCUCGAGCUCUGGAGUGCCUCCCAGCAUAAGGUGAGACUGGGCAGCUAUGCGAGGGACGUCGAUUCCGUGCAACGAGAGGGCGAGAAUCUGCAGGCCAUCUGGAGCCCCGACACCAAGACCAUCGCCGUUCUUACUUCUUCAUCAUUCUUCCACAUUUAUAAGGUCCAAUUCUCUGGAAAGAGACUGCUAAUUGGAGGCAAACAUCUCCCUGGGCUGUUUCUCGCUACCGUAUCUCUAGUUAUCACCGAGAAGGCACCUUUUUCAGAGAACUUAGUAACGUAUAAUUUCUUUAUGAUCAAUAUAGGCUCACUUUCUGUUCCAUUUAAAAUAUUAAUUUGUCUGUUUUCCUAUUAUCUGUUUCCUAGGAGCAAUUUUGUCUGCGACAGCAAAAACGUGCUCCUUGGACUUCCUGAUGGGCGGUUACAGCUGUUUUCCUGGAAUGGAGAGUUAUCUGGCAUCUCCAGACUUUGUUGCCAUCCUUGUACCUCUGAGAAUUUGACUGCACCUAUUCAUUCUUUAGUGGAUGUGUCCUCUGCUUGUGAAGGGGGUCCAAGCAUCCCAACAUCUGCUCCCUGCUGUGCAAGAAGCUCUGCGGUCAUCCAGCUCGAGUUGUCAUUGCAGUUGAGGUUGCUAAUUGUGUUGUAUUCUGGCUGUCAGAUUGCGCUAUGUUCAAUAAAUAAGAAGGGUCUAAAGCAAAUCAAUUCCAUUAAAGCUGAAAGAUGGUUAAGCACUGAUGAUGCUAUGUGCGCUUCUAUAGCUUCCGAUCAGCAGAUCCUUGCUGUUGGUUGUAGUAGAGGUGUGGUGGAGUUAUAUGACCUUGCAGAUGGUGCAAUGCAUCUUCGUACGAUAUCUUUGUACGAUUGGGGUUACUCUAUGGAGGAUACUGGUCCUGUUACUUGUAUAGCCUGGACGCCUGACAAUUGCGCUUUUGCAGUAGGGUGGAAAUUUAGAGGACUUACUGUCUGGUCUACGUCAGGGUGUCGUUUGAUGUGCACGAUACGUCAAACUGGAAUUAAUUCUGCUUUCUCUCCUGUGGCGAAACCCAGUCAGGAUUUAAAAUUUGAGCCUCUUAUGGGUGGAACCUCACAUGUGCAAUGGGAUGAGUAUGGAUACAAGCUCUAUUCUGUUGAAGAAAACUCAUCAGAGAGAAUUCUUGCAUUUUCAUUUGGAAAAUGCUGCCUUAACAGAGGACUUUCAGGCACAAGUUAUGUUCGUCAAAUUAUUUAUGGUGAAGAUCGGGUUCUGGUGGUGCAACCUGACGAUACAGAUGAGCUAAAAAUAAUGCAUCUUAAUCUUCCAGUUUCUUAUAUUUCCCAAAACUGGCCAGUUUUGCAUGUUGUGGCUAGCAAAGAUGGCAUGUACUUGGCAGUUGCAGGUCUCCAUGGGCUCAUCUUGUAUGACUUACGCUACAAAAGAUGGCGUGUUUUUGGAGAUGUUACCCAAGAACAAAAAAUUGAGUGCAAAGGCUUGUUAUGGCUUGGCAAAGUUAUUGUUGUAUGCAACUACAAUGAUUCUUCCAAUAUGUAUGAGUUGCUGUUUUUUCCAAGAUAUCAUCUUGAUCAGAGCUCUUUACUUUGUCGGAGAACAUUACUCGGGAAACCUAUGGUCAUGGAUGUUUUCCAAGACUAUAUACUUGUUACUUAUCGCCCAUUUGAUGUUCAUAUCUUCCAUGUGAAGAUCUCAGGAGAAUUAUCUCCAAAUAGCUCUCCAGUUUUACAGCUUUCUACAGUAAGAGAGCUUUCAAUCAUGAGUGCAAAGAGCCACCCUGCAUCAAUGCGUUUUAUUCCUGAUCUGUUUUCCCAACAACCGUCCAGAUGUCUAAUAUUACGGACCAAUGGAGAGCUUUCUGUUCUUGAUUUGGAUGAUGGACAUGAACAAGUGCUCACAAAUUCGGUUGAAUUAUUUUGGGUGACUUGUGGUCAAUCAGAGGAGAAGGCAAAUCUAAUUGAGGAGGUUUCCUGGUUAGACUAUGGCCACCGAGGCAUGCAGGUUUGGUAUCCAUCUCCUGGUGUUGAUCCUUACAAACAGGAGGAUUUCUUGCAGUUGGAUCCAGAGCUUGAAUUUGAUCGUGAGGUUUAUCCUCUUGGCCUUCUUCCAAAUGUCGGGGUUGUUGUUGGUGUUUCUCAGCGAAUGUCAUUUUCAGCAUGCACCGAGUUUCCAUGCUUUGAGCCUUCUCCUCAAGCUCAAACCAUACUGCAUUGUUUACUGAGACAUCUUCUUCAGAGGGACAAAAGUGAAGAAGCUCUGCGGUUGGCAUACUUAUCAGCAGAAAAACCACACUUCUCCCACUGCUUGGAGUGGCUCCUUUUUACAGUAUUUGAUGCGGAGAUAUCAAGGCAAAGUGCAACCAAGAACCAGUUAUCUGCUUCUACAAAUUCUUCAGGCAAUUCACUUUUGGAGAAGGCAUGUGAUCUGAUCAGAAAUUUUUCUGAAUAUGUGGAUGUGGUUGUUAGUGUUGCGAGGAAAACUGAUGGCCGGCAUUGGGCAGAUUUGUUUUCUGCUGCUGGACGAUCGACUGAGUUGUUUGAAGAAUGUUUCCAACGAAGAUGGUACAGGACGGCUGCUUGCUAUAUAUUGGUUAUUGCGAAGCUAGAAGGCCCUGCUGUGAGUCAGUACUGUGCCCUUCGCUUGUUACAAGCAACACUUGAUGAAUCUUUGUAUGAGCUUGCUGGGGAGCUGGUGCGGUUCCUGCUGAGAUCUGGGAGAGAGUAUGAAAAUGCCUCUUCAGAGUCCGACAAGCUGUCUCCAAGAUUUUUGAGCUAUUUCCUUUUCCGCUCUCCAUACAGGAGGCAAUCAUCUGACACUAAAAGCACAUCACUCAAAGAGCUUAGUCCACAUGUUGCUUCUGUUAAGAACAUUUUAGAGAGCCAUGCUAGCUAUUUGAUGUCUGGAAAAGAACUUUCCAAACUUGUAGCAUUUGUAAAGGGAACACAAUUUGACCUUGUGGAUUAUCUUCAGCGAGAAAGACUGGGAAGUGCUCGCCUGGACAAUUUUGCUUCUGGGCUGGAACUGAUUGGUCAAAAGCUCCAAAUGGAUACCCUGCAGAGCCGAUUAGAUGCAGAAUUCCUUCUGGCACAUAUGUGCUCUGUCAAAUUUAAGGAAUGGAUUGUAGUUCUGGCUACUCUAUUGAGGCGUGCAGAGGUAUUGAUUGAUUUGUUUCGACAUGAUUUGAGGUUAUGGAAAGCAUACAGUACAACUCUUCAGUCCCAUCCUGCAUUCAGGGAAUACCUUGAUCUGCUUAAUGUCUUGGAAGUAGAACUUUCUUCUGUUUCAGAUCUGGACAUCAGGAAAGGGCCCUCCCCAUCCUCCGAUCACUCUUGAGGCUUUGUUAAUUCAUUUGCCUGCAUAGCGUAUCUUGCCUGUAAUCUUUCUGCCUAGGAAUUAAUAUUAGGACUUUCUGAAGAUUCUGAGAUGUUUGAUGUUGUAUCAAUCAAUUUCAAAAGAACAAAUUUGUUAAAAA